AUGGAUGACGCCGACGGCAAGGACGAUCAGCAGAGGGCGGUGGAGGAGCAGCUGGAGAGGGUGGCCAAGGCAUUCGUGGAUCACUACUACAACCUGUUCGACACCAACCGCGCCGCCCUCUCCUGUCUCUACGACAGCAGCUCGAUGCUGUCCUUCGAGGGACAGAGGAUCGUGGGCGCGGAGGCGAUCGGCCGGAAGCUCGCACAGUUGCCAUUCGAGCAGUGCAAGCACUCCAUCUCUACCGUCGACAGCCAGCCGUCGCCAGUCUUCGGCGGUGUGCUUGUGUUUGUCAGCGGAAACCUCCAGCUCGCCGGAGAGGAGCAUCAGCUCCGUUUCAGCCAAAUGUUUCAGUUGAUUCCAACGCCGCAAGGGAGCUUCUUCGUUAAGAAUGACAUAUUUCGACUAAACUACUGCUGAUUAAGAAGGUUUGUGAUUGUCUGAUCUGUGGAGAAGAUGUUUAGAUCAGUGGAAGGGCUUGUUUUAAAUGCCCGCAGAUCUCUCUUCUGUCUAUGUUUUUCAGAAUUAAAAUUAAAUGUUCUUUUCACUUAGCUUCUGCGGACUUGAAUUCCUACGUCGACAUGUAUUGAUGUGUGGCCCAAUUAUUGUUCUAAUAAAAUAA